AUGGCGAUGGCCACGCAGCGAGCCGAGGCAGCGGAUCCGACCGGCGUGGGAGAAGUGUCGCUCGGCCAAAAAAUGAUGUCUGCCGUCUCGGGUAGUGUCCUCACGUCGUUGCUGGUCACCCCUCUCGACGUCGUCCGCGUACGACUGCAAUCGCAAGAAACCGUCCCGACCACCUCGCCACGCCCACGCGGAUUCAAUGGCCCAACACUCACACAAUUCCGCGAUCUACCACCCAAUCUCGGCAUCUCCUCGUGCUGCAGAGAGGUUUUUUGGAUGAACAACAAGGCACCCUUCUGCGUAGCGGGGCCAACUAUGGCGCCCAUAAACCCCGCCGAUUUGAGCUGUGCCGUGGAGGAGGUCGAACGCAAAACCAUAAAUAGCACUUGGGACGGUCUGCGCAAGAUUGCCCAGAACGAGGGCCCGCGGACACUCUGGAGAGGACUGUCACCGACCCUAGUCAUGGCAGUGCCUGCAAACGUCAUCUACUUCGCCGGAUACGACUGGCUGCGAACAGCACAAGCCUCACCUUUGCGACAAACAGUUUCCGAUGCGUACAUACCAUUAGUGGCAGGAGCCACUGCGCGAGUUCUUGCUGCCGUAGCAGUGGGUCCCAUCGAAAUAUUCCGAACACGAAUGCAGGCAGCAAAUUCUACUGCCACCGCCGCUGGGCACUUCCGCGAUACAAUGGACGGGCUCAGAGAAAUGGUCGGCAGCCAGGGUGUCUCCAGUUUAUGGAGAGGCCUCACGUUGACCCUCUGGCGCGAUGUACCUUUCUCCGCCAUGUACUGGUGGGGUUACGAAGCCACAAGAAACGUCUUGACAGACCAACGAGGAAGAAGGGAGGCCAGGAACGAUGGUUUCGAAUUCCGCAUGGGCCGAGGCGAGGAGAGAGUACGGAGAAGAAGCAGGUCAAGAAGCCAGGAAAACCAUAGAGACACAUUGGUCGACAGCUUCAUCGCUGGUGCUACGUCAGGAGCAGUUGCUGCUUUCAUUACCACACCAUUUGAUGUUGGAAAGACACGCCAACAAGUUGCGCGGCACAUGGGCGACACUGCAAAGGACAUCGCAAACUCAACACGGCCAGAAGACCAAUCCAUGCCACGCUUCCUCGCGCAUAUCUACCGCGAACAAGGCAUGCCGGGUCUGUUCAAGGGCUGGGCAGCCAGAUGUCUCAAGAUCGCGCCUGCAUGCGCUAUCAUGAUUAGCUGCUACGAGUUCAGUAAAAAGAUGGCCUUGGAUAUGAAUGGACGACGGGAACGGGAACGAUUAGAAGCAUGA